AUGUCUCUUCGAUCUUCGUCAAGCCGCGUUUUGGCGCGCGCUGCCAGCAAGAGCAUUGCUCCGCGCGCUCCCGUUCUCGCCACUGCGCGGUGCAUGAGCAGCUCGAGCUCGUCUAGCCCCGCCACCGCCAGCUGGAACGCUGUCGCCGCCAAACCGUCCGCUCAGCGACUCGUGUCGGCGAUCCGCACCUUUUCCACGUCGUCGUCCGCGUCGGCUGAGUUUGAAUCGCCGUUUGGUGUCAACUCGCUCUCGAAAUACACCGAGGAGGAAGAAAUGCUGCGCGAAGCCGUCCAGCGUUUCGCCCAGGACGUGGUUGCGCCCAGGGUCGAGGCUAUGGAUGAAGCCGAAAAGAUGGACCCAGAGAUCAUCAAAGGACUCUUUGAACAGGGACUUAUGGGUGUCGAGACCUCGGCCGAGCACGGUGGUGCCGGUUGCUCGUUCAGCGCUGCCAUCAUUGUGAUUGAAGAACUGGCCAAGGUCGACCCGUCGGUCUCGGUGCUGUGCGACGUGCACAACACACUGGUCAACACGGUGAUCCGCAAGUACGCCAGCAAGCACAUCCAGGACAAGUACCUGCCCCAACUCUCGGAAAAGACGCUCGGCUCAUUCUGCCUGUCGGAACCCUCGUCGGGUUCGGACGCGUUCGCCAUGAAGACAUCGUGCAAGAAAUCCGACGAUGGUAAGACGUGGACGCUGAACGGCAGCAAGAUGUGGAUCACCAACUCGGCGGAAGCCGAAUUCUUUAUCGUGUUUGCGCAGUCGGAUGCGUCCAAGGGCUACAAGGGCAUCAACGCUUUUGCGGUCGAAAAGUCGAUGGGUGUCGAGAUCGCCAAGAAGGAGAAGAAGCUCGGCAUCCGUGCGUCGUCGACGUGCACGCUCAACUUUGACGACAUCAAAGUGCCCGCCGAAAAUCUGAUCGGCGAGGAAGGCAAGGGCUACAAGAUUGCUAUUGAAAUCCUCAACGAGGGACGCGUCGGCAUCGCCGCCCAGAUGAUCGGUCUCGCUCAGGGUGCGGUGGAUAAGGCAAUCCGUUACGCGGCUGACCGCAAGCAGUUCGGUAAGAAGAUCACCCAAUUCCAGGGAAUGCAGUUCCAGAUCUCGCAGAUCAUGAUGGAGAUCGAAGCCGCACGCGUGCUCACCUACAACGCUGCACGUUUGAAGGAGGAAGGUCGUCCUUUUACCAAGGAAGCCGCUAUGGCCAAGCUUUUCGCUUCGCAGGUGGCUCAGAGAGCCAGCGGUAGCGCAAUCGAGUGGUGCGGCGGCGUCGGCUUCACCAGAGAGACGGGCAUCGAAAAGUACUGGAGAGAUAGCAAGAUUGGCGCCAUCUACGAAGGUACAAGCAACAUCAUGUUGGAGACCAUCUUUAAGCUGGUCGAGAGGGAGAUGGAUCUCAAGUAA